UUCCCAGUAGUCGGUCAGUUGAGGUCGAGACAUCGAUACGAAAAGAAUAUUUUGUAAAAUCUUUCAUCUCACAUCGAUUUUAUACAUACAGCAUAAGGACGCGGAACGUGGAGAACUACAAUGUUUGGAACCUGCUUCUAUCUCCCUCUUUCGUCCACUAAUAAUCCAGCGAUUCCUACAAACGUAGAUCUUCCUUUAGAUUUGAGCUGUAAACCAAAGGGAUGUAAACGAAACUCAAACAAUCCUUUUUACACAUCAGAACUUCCGAAAUCAAGCAAAAAUAAUAGCCAAACAAAAGUAACGAGCACAAGAGAAGCUUUGGCAUGCACACCUGUGCUUCCCGCUUCAUUGCUUCAGUUGGCUAAGACAAAGGAUACUUUGGCUAAACUAGUCAGUGCCGACAAUGAAAAUGCUGAAUUGAGAGUAGUUUCAUCAGCUGCGGAAACCGAUUCAAAUAAAAAUUUAUUCCUUCAAGAGAAAAAAAUGUCACCAGCCGUUUCACUAACUUUACCAGCUACAGAAAAUAACCAACCGAAGAGAAGUCGCGACAGAGCUCUUCUGCCUUGUCAAGUUUGCGGCAAAUCAUUCGACCGACCUUCGCUGUUAAAACGUCACAUUCGUACUCACACUGGUGAAAAACCACAUGUAUGCGAUGUAUGCGGAAAAGGAUUUUCGACUUCUAGCUCGUUAAAUACUCAUAGAAGGAUCCAUAGUGGUGAAAAACCACAUCAAUGCCCUGUAUGUGGUAAACGAUUCACGGCUUCUUCGAAUCUGUACUACCAUCGGAUGACUCACGUUAAAGAAAAACCUCACAAGUGCACAAUGUGCCAAAAAUCAUUCCCUACACCAGGUGACUUGAAAUCACACAUGUACGUACACAACGGCAGUUGGCCCUUUCAAUGCAAUAUAUGCAAUCGAGGCUUCAGUAAGCAGACAAACUUGAGAAAUCAUCUUUUUCUCCACACAGGAAAAAAGCCUCACAAUUGCUCACAAUGCGGAAAGUGUUUUGCCUUAGCCUGCAAUUUAAGAGCUCACAUGCGGACUCAUUCUGAAACGGAUUCUUGUCACCCCGACACAAACGCUGAUCAAAUGAGCAUCAUUUCAGCUGUACAAGAACCGAUCGUCCAAUCACAGCAGGGCAUAUCUUUUUCGGAACGAAAGCCGGAAAUAGAAAACCGUUUAGGCCUACUCAUCCCAACUCCUUGUCUAGCUGAUCAUAUCUUAUUCUGGCAAACCAUCCAGCAACAGUUGACUACCAAAAUAUUAUUACAGCAACAGCAGCAGGUUCAGACCCAGGAUCUACAUUUCAUAACGUCCCCGUUUUGCCGUUCGAAAAAAUUGUCAAAAUAA